CGCAGUGCGAGUGCGCAGGCCGGAAAGCUUUCAGGUGGCGAAGAUGGCGGACAGCAGCGGUCGUGUGAACAAGACCAGCGGGAGCAGCACCGGGAAGGGGGCGGUGUCUGCCGAACAGGUAAUUGCUGGCUUUAAUCGCCUUCGGCAGGAACAGAGGGGCUUGGCAUCCAAAGCUGCUGAGCUGGAGAUGGAAUUGAACGAACACAGCCUAGUGAUUGAUACCCUGAAGGAAGUGGAUGAGACCCGCAAGUGCUUCCGAAUGGUUGGAGGUGUGCUGGUAGAACGGACUGUCAAAGAGGUGCUGCCUGCCUUGGAGGGUAACAAAGAGCAGAUACAGAAGAUCAUUGAGACACUGUCACAGCAGCUUCAGGCAAAGGGGAAAGAACUCAAUGAAUUUCGGGAAAAGCACAACAUUCGUCUUAUGGGGGAAGAUGAGAAGCCAGCAGCCAAGGAAAACUCAGAAGGGGCUGGGGCGAAGUCCGGCUCAGCAGGAGUGCUGGUCUCCUAGGAACUAAAGUCUCUGCAUUUUUUCCCUGAUUCCCACCUCUAAUUUCUUUUUAUUGUUGUUAUUAUUAUUAUUAUUGUCUCUGCUAUUGUAA